ACAUCUGAAUAAAAUCCAAAACACACUCCAUUUUUAUACUAAUAAAUUCGAUUUGAAAAAAUGACAUUUAAGUCCAAACUGAAAGAUCAGUAUCAUCAACAUCAACACCAUCACCAACAACAAGAAGAACUAUAACGACAACACCACCACCAAAAACAUCAACAACAACAAAACCUCCACCAAUACCAUCAAUUUCUGUUGUGUUAACUUCGCCUGAGUUUCAAAUGGGAGAAACUGUGAGACUACCAUGCAAUGCAUACGACAACGUUACACACACUCCAGCCACAGUCAUCUGGCGUAAGGCGAAUGGAUCUCUCCCGGAUCGAUCAUACCAAAAGAAUGGUGUUCUUACAGUUACAAAUGUUCAACUUGCUGACCCUGGUGAAUAUAUUUGUCGAACUGAAUCUAAGGGACAUUACGAACAAAGUACAACAAUUAUCGUCAGAGACAAUCGUUCCGAUCAAACUGAAAACCAAGAACCAUGGCAAGUAUUUCAUGGCGCUAUUCGUAGUGGAAAUCUGGAAGCAAUUGAAGAACAACUAGGAAACGGAACGGAUGUGAAUAUCAGAGACCGCAAUGGUCGGACACCUUUAUUUACUGCAGCUCGAAAUGUGAACUAGACACAUGCUGGCUAUGUGCCCAAUAAGGUAUAAAUUCCGCCCAUGGUGCGACUUUCAAAAAGAGAUACAAUAUAGGGGAG